AUGAACAAGACUGAAUGGAACAUCAAGGUUCGUGUUGUAAGAUGCUACGAGCGUACAACAUUUGUUGAUCGCUCUACAAUUUGGGGGUACCGGGUGGAAAGAACCUCCAAGGUUUGUCCCAAAAGUACCUACAAAAAGGAGGCUUCUUCUAUCAAGAAGUUUCAUAUGGAGCUUUUUAGGCGCCAUCUGAAGGAAGGAAGUGUUAUUGCAAUCAGGGACUUCAUUGUAUCUCCAAAUGGUGGUAGGUAUAAGAUAACAAUAGGAAGGGACAAAAUUGCUUUUCAUGGCCGCACUCGGGUUUUGAGAGUCUCCAAAGAUAGGUUUCCAAAAUUCCUCUACAAUUUCACGAGCUUUUCUCAGUUGGCUAAAGGAACCUUUUUCGACCCUAUGCUCAUCGAUGUUAUUGGACUAGCCGUCGGUUUAAACAAAUCGCAGACAAGGACUUUUGACAACAGAACAACACGUUUUGCCGAAAUAACUUUGGAGGACAUUGAGAAAUUUUUAUAUAUCUAUAACAAUAAAAUUCGAAACAAACUAUCUUGCACAUUGUGGGAAGAAAAGGUUGAUGAAAUAAUGCCCUCCAUACUAAACUGUGAUAUCGAACCUCUUGUUGUUAUUUUACAGUUUUGUCGUGCCAAAGUUGUUGGAGCACCAGUACAGGUUUCAAACACCUCUGAUAUCACAAAGUUAAUUGUCGAUCAGUCUGCAGAUGAAAUAAAAGAUAUUGUUGCAGCUUAUGGAAGAUGUGCUGAAAUUGCGAGUUUAAUACGAGAAGUCAAUGCUCUGUUGGUUAUCACUGGAAAUGUGGAAACAAAAAACAAAUUUGAAUUUUCAGUCAAGACUAUCGACUACCUUUACAUGUGGGGUCAAGUAGGCAGUUAUUGGAUCUGCGUGCUCAUUGAGUCGUUCACUGAAAAGGUUGAUGAAGUAAUGCCCUCCAUACUAAACCGUGAUGUCGAAUCUCUUGUGGUUAUUUUACAGUUUUGUCGUGUCAAAGUUUUUGGAGGAGGAUGUGCUGAAAUUGUGAGAUCAAUACGAGAAGUAAAUGCUCCGCUGACUAUCAACUACCUUUACACGUGUGGUCAAGUUGGCAGUUAUUGGAUCUGCGCGCUCAUUGAGUCGUUCGCUGGUGACUACUGGUACCAAUCAUGUCGCAAAUGUCCCAAAAAAUUAACUUCGGCCGGGAAAAGAUUUUAUUGUGAAAAAUGUGACGACUUUAUUGACGAUGUACGUAUGGAUAAAAAUUGUACCGAUGAGCAUAGGGUCGAAAAAGGUUCCUUUAGCCAACUCAAAAAAGCUCGUGAAAUUGUAGAGGAAUUUCGAAAACCUGUCUUUGAAGAUUCUCACCACCCGAUACGAAUGGAUAAAAGUUGUAUCGAUGAGCAUAGGGUCGAAAAAGGUUCCUUUAGCCAACUGAGAAAAGCUCGUGAAAUUGUAGAGGAAUUUUGGAAACCUAUCUUUGGAGACUCUCAAAACCCGAGUGCGGCCAUGAAAAGCAAUUUUGUCCAUUCCUAUUGUUAUCUUAUACCUACCACCAUUUGGAGAUACAAUGAAGUCCCUGAUUGCAAUAACAUUUCCUUCCUUCAGAUGGCGCCUAAAAAGCUCCAUAUGAAACUUCUUGAUAGAAGAAGCCUCCUUUUU